GGGGGGGGGAUAAAGGUGAAAGACUAGCAGGCCAUCAGAAGGACCACCAGGUGACACUUGUCGGAUGCUACGCUAUAGCUCACCCUCCGCUCUAUUAAGCCCCCUGGUUUUGCAAUUAGACGUCAACAGCAACUCUGAAAGCUAUGACAAUUUUCUUGCACUGUGACAGUAAAUAAUUCUUCUUCACUUCUGUGGGCUUACCGAAAGCCACGGCCCGCUGAACAUAUUAGUGUCUCCGAACGUGGCCGGUUCUCUCAAGCGGGUCGGUCUUCGUAGGGGGCGACAUGAUACCAAGUCUACUUCCUGUUCCGCGGAAUGAAAGGGUUCACUUGUUGCGCAGUGUAGGCUAUAAUGUGCCGUUGUGUGUGUGUGUGUGCGUGUGUCGGUAUGUGUGUACAGUUUGACGGCGACAGUGAUUAAUUGCACAGCGGGGUUUGAACAAGCCUGUUUAAUUAAAUCCCCAGAUCAUGUCAGAGUUUACGUUGCCCGGGAGACCGAGGUUUCGCUCUCCAUUCGUGCCACCAGAAGCAGUUACGUGCCGUUAAUCAACUUGUGUAGAUGGUAACACACGUAGCGACAUCAUACUUUACAACACCUCUGGGUGCCUAAAAAUUACCGGACCAUUGUAUUGUACUGUUCACUGUGAGAGAUUGUUUUUUGAGAUGAGGGUAGUGUCAACGAUAAACCUUUGGCUUUGGUGUCAGCUGACAAACAUUGACUGUAGUUGUGUGUUUUGCCCGGUGCCUGUUUGGUUUCCUGUUGGUUCUGCUACUGUGUGGUUUCCCUCGCCUUCCACAAGUCUCAGUGAGCUGGAAGCCCGGGAGAGCUGAACGCAGCUCGCAUGCUGCUUUCACCUUCAGCCCACUUGGUCAUCUCUCCUCUGUAGCCUGGGGGUCAGUGUAGAACAAGGCUCAAUCUGACAGGUCCUUUGUGUCUGACCUCUGACCUCUACCUCCCCAUAGGGUACCACCACAGCCUGCCCUCCUCUCCCUACACUUCCGGGCCCGAGGGUCAAAGGUUACCGCCGUCCGUCACGUUGUCCUCGGAGUUCCUGGACCAGGGUGGCUCUACUAAGGUCCUCCUCCUGAUCUGCAACACGGCAGGUUCCAGCCAGCAGGCUGUCAGGUUUGGUCCUCCCUUCCAUAUGCGAGAAGACAGGACCAUCUCCUGGGACCAGCUCCAGCAGAGUAUCCUCAGCAAACUCUAUUAUCUGAUGCUCAAUGGAUCACAGGCACAGAAUGCAGGGGUGCUGUUCAAGAUACGAGUGGUGGGAGUCUCUGCGGCGUACAGCUACCUGUCUCCACAGGACAGUCAUCCUCUCUACCACCCUGCCGUCGACAGAGCGCUGAAGCUCACGGGCCCGGGAGGUCCUUCUCACGUGAAGCUCGUCAUCGAAUGGGACAACAAGAUUAAAGAAUGCCUGUUUGGGAACAUCCAGGAGGAGGUGGUGAAGGAUGCGGAGAGCGUCAGGAGCCAGCAGCAGCAGCACCUGCAGCAGCACAGCUGCACCCUGGACGAGUGCUUCCAGCUCUACACCAAAGAGGAACAGUUGGCGCCGGACGACGCGUGGAACUGCCCUCACUGCAAGCAGCCGCAGCAGGGCAUGGUGAAGAUGAGCCUGUGGACCCUGCCCGACAUCCUCAUCCUCCACCUCAAGCGCUUCCGCCAGGUGGGCGAGCGACGCAACAAGCUGUCCACCCUGGUGCGCUUCCCCCUGGCCGGGCUGGACAUGGCCCCCCACGUGGUGAAGAGGAGCCAGAGCAUGAGGAGCCUGGGGCCCUGGGCCCCCCCGGCCUGGAAGCAGGCCCCCGGCGCCGCCCCCCAGCACCCGGACAUGGGCCUGCCCCCGGACUACCUGUACGAUCUGUACGCCGUGUGUAAUCACCACGGAGGCAUGCACGGAGGACACUACACAGCAUACUGCAGGAACUCAGUGGACGGCCAGUGGUACAGUUAUGAUGACAGCAGUGUGGACCUGGUGCCAGAGGGGGAGGUGUGCACCCGCGGGGCUUACAUCCUCUUCUACCAGAGACGCAACGUCAUCCCACCCUGGUCCGCCAGCUCCUCCCUCCGAGGCUCCACCAGCUCCUCCAUGUCGGACCACUGGCUGAUCCGCCUGGCGGGAGACAGCAAGAGGGGCAGCCUGGUGUCCCGCUCCUCCACCACCUGCCCCUCCUCCCUCCCCGACUCCCCCGAGUCCCCCGUCUUCCUGGACGACCCCCCCAAGGAGGAGAAAGGUGGAGGGGGUGGUUUUGAGACGCGGCCGUUCGUGCGCGGCCUCCAGGGCCGCAGCGUGAGCAUGAGGACCCCCACCAAGACCAGGGACACCCUGAGCAAGGUCCUCCCCCUCCGCUGGUCCUUCGGCUCCAAGGACCGGCGGAAACCCUCCGACCCCCUCCCCGACACGGGGCCCGCCCCCGCCGAGCUGGUGGAGUACCUGGAGUCGGGACGGCGGCCGCGCUGCACCAAGGACUCCAUCGUCACGCUGAUGGCAGCGCCCCCUGGUGGGAAGGAGGCCCCCAUCGGUCAGAAGGCCCAGAGGGCUCAGGGGGUCAGUUCGUCCAGCAUGGCCGGUCUCAGCUGUGUGGGCCGGUCAGUUGAGGAGCCUGACUCACACCAGAUCCCCGAGGGCCAGAGGAGGCCCCCGUCAGACAGGACUGCAAGCCUGAGACGCAGCAGCAGCAAAGGCCCCCAGCCCAGGGAGGACGUCCCCGCCCUCAGCACCAGCAGCAGCUCCAACACGCUGACCCGGAGGAGCACCACCAAGAAGCCCAAGCAGCAGGACCAGCAGCCCCAGGCCCAGCACCAGGAGGCCCGAUCCAGGAGGAGCUCCGGAGCCGACGGGGUCCAGCCCAGCUCCAGCACCCACAGCCUCCGCGACGGCACCCUGCGGAGGGGCAAGGGCGAGAGGAGCAACCCUCCGUGCCUGGACCACCCGGCGCACCCCGGCGACGGAGACAAGCCCCGGAAGGGGGAGGAGUCCAAGAGCCACGAGGGGCUGCUGUCGUUCUUCCGCGGGAGCUUCCUGAGGAAGGAGAAGGACGCGCGGAGGCCGAGGGAGGCGGACGCAGGCAAGGGCGGGGAGACGACGAGCCGGACCAGGAGCUCGUCCAGGGCCUCGCUGUCCAACGGCGCGGCCAGCGGCGGGACGUCGUCGGAGGGGAGGACCAACGGCGGCCCCCGCCACGGAGGCGCGGCCCGUCUCGGCGACGAGCUGGCCAACGGCAAGGCGGGCCGCGCCGCCGCCGACAUCAAGCGCUCCCAGAGUUCCUCCAACAUCCCCAGCAAGGCGGAGCAGAGCAUGCGGAGGACGGCGUCCUUGCACCGCAACGGGCUGGCGCCGGCGGCACCCGCACGGAGCCUGACGGCGGACAAGCCUUCCUACGGCACCCUGCAGAGGACAAGAUACAGCACCACCUCCCUGGGCCGCAAGAGGACCGUUCCAGAGUCCAGCUUCUAACAUGCACAAACACACACUGAUACACAAUCACAAUCGAACACUCUCCCUAUACACGCAUUAACUCACACACAAUCACAAGCUUAACACAAUCACGUGCACACUUAGUCUCACACUGACAGCCUCCCAGAUCAAAGCAAUAGUUUUCGAGGCCGGCUAGAGGUCCACCUAACGCACAGGCUUGUAUAUAAGGUGGCGCCCUCUGGUGUCGUGGAGGAGUGCAGUGCAUGGGAACAAACGCGAGCAGAGCCCAGAAAUGGUGACGCUCGACAUCCCGAG